GACAAAAGMUUGCACGAGAUAAGAGUGUUAUCUUCCAGCUGUGCGUCGUCGCACGCUCCCUUGUUUGACAGCUCAUGCCACUUCAAUCAGGUUCCUAGCUGAGAAAGCAAAAAGAUUGACCUUUCGUCUGUAUAUUUGCUUGUAAAGAGCCGAGACAGCCAAUCAUGAAUUUGAAUGGCUCAGAUAACCAGCAAAAAUACUAGAUCCCGCGAAUUUGUUUACGUUUGACAGCUCAAAAUUGUGAAGAUGUUUCAUUUACUACGAAAAGGCGUUCCAGCAUCUAGCAGUCAAAAGAUAGCUGGAAGCCGACUGAGCUCGUUAAUUUUCAAAGCAAGUGGUGUAAAAUCAGUGGAGCGUUUCACCCUCGAUAACUUACAAGCUCUUCGUUGUACUGUAAUACCAACAGCUUCCUUCAGCAUGUCAGAAAGCAAGAGGGUUAAUAAGAUUCCCACCAUUCGUGGGACGGACAUUAUGCACAAUUCAAGCUUAAAUAAGGGUCUUGCAUUCACACUCGAAGAACGACAAAUUUUGGGGAUCCACGGCUUACUGCCUCCUUACGUAUCCGAUCAAUCCAUCCAAGCCAAGAGAGUGUACUGCGAAAUGCACAGAAAAUCAAACGAUCUUGAAAAAUAUAUCCAAUUGAUGGCUCUACUAGAAAGAAAUCAAGCWUUGUUUUUCCGAGUGCUUUUUGACUAUACAGAAGAAAUUAUGCCAAUCGUUUAUACUCCAACUGUUGGUCUGGCAUGUCAGAAAUACGGCAUGAUAUUUAGAGGUUCAAGAGGAUUGUUUGUUUCAAUAAAUGACUUGGGACAUGUUGAGGAGAUUGUUUCCAAUUGGCCUGUUCAAGAUGUCAAGGCUAUUGUCAUGACAGACGGGGAGCGCAUUCUUGGUCUUGGUGAUCUGGGUUGUUGCGGAAUGGGUAUUCCUGUUGGCAAGCUAUGUUUAUAUACUGUAUGUGGUAACAUCCAUCCAAACUCUUGUCUUCCUGUCAUGAUUGAUGUUGGUACAAAUAACCAGAAACUACUUGAUGAUCCAUUCUACAUUGGAGUUCGUCAGAAAAGAGAYAACAGCGAAAAAUAUGAUCAGCUUAUUGAUGAGUUUAUCAAUGCAGCAUUGAAAAGAUUUGGACCAACAACCCUUAUUCAGUUUGAAGACUUUGGUAAUCACAAUGCAUUCAGAUUUUUGGAGAAAUAUCGAAAUAAGAUUUGCACCUUCAACGAUGACAUUCAAGGCACUGCUGCUGUUGCUGUGGCUGGAAUCUUAGCAUCUCUUAAAAUCACAAAAACAAGGCUUGGAGAUCAAAAGAUCCUUUUYCAGGGAGCUGGUGAGGCUGCAAUUGGCAUUGCCAAUCUCUUGGUGCUCGCUAUGAUCAAAGAAGGACUCUCAGAAGAGSAAGCUAAGAGUAAAAUAUGGCUUGUGGACUCAAGAGGACUUGUUGUCAAGAAUCGAGCAGUAGGCGGUCUAAAUAAUCAGAAAUUAAUCUAUGCCAAGGAAACAGACUACAUUGAUAAUUUAACUGAUGUUGUCAAAACUGUGAAACCCACCACCAUUGUGGGUGUUGCAGCAGUCCCUGGUGCAUUUACUGAGGAGAUMUGCARRGCAAUGGCCUCCUUCAAUGACAGACCCAUUAUAUUUGCAUUGAGCAAUCCUACGUCAAAGGCUGAAUGUAAAGCAGAAGAGGCUUACACAUGGACAGAUGGUAAAGCAAUCUUUGCUAGUGGCAGUCCAUUUGACCCAGUAACACUCCCAGAUGGCCGCCAUUUUGUACCUGGUCAAGGCAACAAUUCUUACAUAUUCCCUGGAGUAGCUCUUGGUGUCAUUUCAUGUGAAUCUUGCCGUGUAACUGACAGCAUGUUUCUAGUUGCAGCAGAGUCUCUUGCAAAUCAAGUUUCUUCAUCACAACUUGAGAAAGGUUGUCUCUACCCUCCUCUGGGAGAUAUCAGAGAAGUGUCAAUCAAAGUUGCUAUUGAUGUUGUGAAUACUGCCUAUAAAGAAGGAUUUGCCUCUGAACUACCUGAACCAGAAGAUAAAGAAGACCUUGUACGACAACAUGUUUAUGAACCAAGCUACAUGUCUUACAUYCCGAAAACAUAUGAGUGGCCUAAAGCAGACUAAAUGUUUUCCUUUUAUGCAAUAAUUAACUAAAAGUUUUUAGUGUUAAUGAAGGGUUGGAUUGAGAUUUUCUGCUCUGCCAGCCCUACUGGGGUGGUGUGGAGAGAAGGACCUAUGGAGAUGGCCAUUUUUUUUUUCUUCUUCUUCUUUGAAUGUUCAUUUGGAUUAUUUUUUUAUUUUUGGCACUGAUAUUCAACAGCUGCACAUCUUCAAAAAGCCUUGCCAUUUCUAUAUACAGACCCUCUUUUUUCCUCAGGCCUCCAGUGGGUAGAUCAGAUGAUUGGAUGAUCUAAAUGACGAUGGUAUAGAUUUUCUAUUCCUGAUAAUCAAUGAUAGAUAAAGCAGAUAUGCCAUAAAUAUAAGUGUGCAAAAACUAUGGCACUUUUUGAGUCAGGYCUGGUGCUCUAUAGGAUAAUAUGAGAUUGUAUUCAAGAUACUGCAUCAGCAUUGAGCAAAAAGUGAUUUUUKUAUGAUAACAAAAUGGAAUAUUUUUUACACAAAUUUAAUAUAAUUUAGUCAUGCAACAGAAUUGACAAGAGGGAGUAUAUUACAGUUGUUAAUUAUUAAAAUAAUUUCCCUUAAGACAAAUCAAUACAAAUUAUUUGACUUCACUUAGUGUUUUAAUAAAUCUUACUGUGCUUUGCCCCCAUCCA